AUGUUUGCUGAUCUACUACUACUCGCUUUCUUUGAUUCUCAGAUGAUUUCUUGUUUUCAGAAGCCGAUCGUGGAAACCCUCCCUGGCAAGACAAACACACUCGAGGUUGAGAGCUAUGACGCCAUGGACAUUACAAAGGCAAAAAUUCAGAACCAGGAAAGGUUGAUCUUGGCCGAAAGUGGCGACACCUCGAUUAUGCGUAUCUCCAUCAAGAAAUUGACAAACGAACGCUUCAACCUCGCUGUCGAAAGAUCAGACACUGUUGAUGAUGUCAAGAAGAUGAUCUGA